AAUAAGUGCCUUUCAAGCCGAUUUACAACUUGCUAUAGCUAAGAGCCAUUAUAAGUACGAUUAAGUGGUACAAUUCAUUAACUGUUUUUAAUCAAGGUAUAGACUGAAGAGGUGUGUCUUUAGUUUGCGGCAGAAGAUGUGAAGACUCUCUGCGAUCCUGAUGUCAUCAAAGAGCUCAUUCCACCAUUUAGGAGCCCGGACAGCAAAGGGACGUGAUCUUGUUGAGUGUUUUGCUCUCAGUGGGGGAGGAACAAGCCGUUUGUCAGAUGCAGAGCGGAGUUUGCAGGUUAGGAUGUAGGGCUUGACAAUGUCCUGGAUGUGGACUUGAACCGAUCCAUUCACAGCAUGGUACGUGAGAUCCAAUGUUUUGAAGUGGAUGCGGGCGGCCACCAGUAGCCUGUGAAGAGAGCGGAGAAGUGUGGGAGAAUUUAGGCAGGUUAAAGACCAGUCGAGCUGCUGCUUUCUGGACGAGCUGCAGAGGUCGUAGAGCUGUAGGAGGGAGGCCUGCCAGGAGAGAGUUUAUGAAUAUGUGCAGGGGGCAUCAAGCCAAAAUGCAGUUUGGAAGCAUUGAAAUCAUAUGAAGUAAAUACAUAUUUAACUUUAAAUGUGUUUUCCAGGUUUAGUAAAGAUUGGAGCAUAUUUAGUCCCUCAAAAGGACUUCUGCUUUGACCUUGAAGAUCAGGUUCCUACAGCAACAGUGUAACACAAAAAGUUUUUAAUAACUUUUAAUCACCAAGGCCUUAGGAUUGCCCCGCAGGGAGGGACCACAGCACCCACACCCAUCGGACCACUGGUCGAGCAGAACUGGGCUCAUCAUCAAUGACUCAGUUUGGCGCAGCUGACCUCCCUGAGUCUAAAGCCUAGUUUAUGCUUCUGCGUUUUCAGAGCGACGCAAGACCACCUUGCGUGUUGCAGAAGCGGGUUGGAUUCACGGAGGGAGAUCGCCGCAAACGCCGGUUUGCAGGUCGAGAGGUGCGAAAAGUUGUGGAUACGGGACAAAUGUGUCCGCGAUGAAAAGCAGCAGUGGCGAUGCACGGGGCAAUAAAGUCUAUGAUAAAUAAAUAAACAAACCAACGACUUCCACACACAAAGACGUGACCCUCUAGGUCGUCUUCAACAGAAACACGUUACUCCCCCUGUUGUUCUGGAGGCGAAUUGCUCUGCAACGCACGCAAGACUUGAAACGAGUGCGUCGACACAACAGUGCUUAAAUACGCAGAAGCAUGCGCCAGUCUUCAUUCGCUGACUAUUAUUAACAGAUCCUGCCUGAGGAACAAGCUGCCGGUGAACUUUCGACAUGAAUGAAGCCCCGCGUGAGCAGGGCUUUCCAAAAAUUUCGAACUCUAAUCUCGGGAUUUGGCUGGUAUGCCGGGCCAAGAAACAGCCAAAGCCUUGGAGAUAUACAGCCAAAAAUGGCAAGAGGAAGAAGGAAGGGCAGAAGAUGCUGUGGGCGCUGCUUUGAAAGUUAAACAUGUCUUCAAAGACCUGCAGAUCAUCUCCACCAAGCAAAAGACACCUGCUUACGGCGUCCUCGGCCCGUACGGAUGGCCGCAGAACUUUUCCCAAGCCCUGGAUCAGUAUCUAUACCGCCCCCCUUCUAAAUCCAAACCGCCGGCCAAAACUUCCCCAAAGACCAAGAAGAUCCUGGGCUGGGGCGAUUUCUACUUUAACGUAAAGACCGUGAAGUUCAGCCUCCUGGUGACAGGGAAAAUUGUUGACCACAUCAACGGCACUUUUAGUGUGUACUUCCGCCACAACUCGUCCCGUCUGGGGAACAUAUCCGUCAGCAUCGUCCCGCCCUCCAAAGCGGUAGGAUGGGAGGUUUUGGAUCCAGCGGCUCAGGCCGUUCACAACAAAAACUCAGUCCUGGUCCCAGAUGUGACGUCCCAGUUCCACAGCUCGCCUCAGUCCACCAGCACGGCUCCUCCUGACCAUCAGAAGCAGCAGCCAGAGAUGAUGAUGCCGGGGACCGAACUCAACUGCCGGAUCGAAUACCAGAGAACUAACCGGUCCAAGAAGACCAAGCCCUGCAUGUAUGACCCAGGCCAGACCUGCUACUCAGAAAACACGCAGUCCCAGGCAGCCUGGAUUUGCGCCAAACCCUUUAAGGUCAUAUGCAUCUUCAUCGCCUUCACCGGCACCGAUUACAGGCUGGUGCAGAAAGUCUGUCCGGACCACAAUUUUCAGACCGAGCAAAACCAGCAGCACUUCGGAUGAUCAAUCGGCAGAAAUCAAACAUUGACUUCUCCUACAUCUUUCAAAAUCACGUGUUCCAGUUUUUAAAAUAUGUUGAUUGUUGACUCUGUUGAUUGUUAUUUUAUUUUCCACCAGAUCCAUUUGUGUGUUGUGUUUUUGUGUUGACAUGUGCGGGAACAUGAAAUAGACGCAUCUUCAAAACACAAAAUUGUGCAGUUUUUUGAACCAUGGACUUCAAGUGCUUUUAUUUUAUGAUAAACUGAACACCUUGCCUGUUCAACGUAGAGGCUGGUCAGCUUCUACCUAGAAGAACUGACGCAGAGUGGGAUGAAACAGAUGGUUUACUUUAAUCAGUGACACAAGUACAAAUGUGCUCGUCUUUUCUCCAGUACUGACUUUGCUUUCGACCUUUUGCACUUCGAAGCGUUUUUUUGUUCAGCCGUCUAAGACAUGCUUUCUCUGACACUACGGCAAACAAUACGGCUGAGUACAUUGUGCUUUUGUUUGAGAGGUUUUCUAAAAUGUACUCCUAUAUACAUUUGUACCUUUUUUAGAAUAACUAUCCCCCCGGUCACUAAGAGCUGUAGUAAAUAAUUCACCUCUUACAGACAAAAUAGGCAACCUUGUCAGCCUUGUCCCCUCCACCAAGACAGAAAUGUGUGGUUCGCAGGAGCUCGAUGGGUGUCACUCUGUGUUGUGUUUUCAAUUUGAAUUUUAAAAUGAUAACUGUGAUUAUCGCAGGUCAUUAAGUAAAUUGAGUGUGGCUGUUUGUCCGAGGAUAUUUGAAGGAAAGUUGACUGUACAUUUCGCCCUUUGUGCAAGAUGUAAUUUAAUCAAAGCUUAAAAUACACAACAAACACAAUAGAUGAAAGACUUGCUUCAACAUGCAUAAUGGCUGAACAGUAAUCACUGUAUUAAGCCAAAUAAAUAGUUAUGUGACUAUCAUGCAGCUACAAGCUGCCUUCAACUAACAAAAGCCUGAUAAAUAAGUCACUGCCUGUGUGGUCACAUAUCAAUUUUCCUGUCCAAGCUUUUCCAUAACCGCCAGACUCUAUAGCGCGUUUGUUUUUCCACUGCCUUUCCUUUAAUGGAUUGUUUAGAACAUCAAAAGGCCCAUUAUUCUAACUCCCUUGUUUCCAAGCCCCCGGUGCAAAGCAUUAUAAUUCUGAGUGAUGAAAGUGUGUUUUGCAGAAGCUCACUCUUCCCGAGGUUUUCCAAAGACACCAAAGGAGCGAUCCAAACAACAACAGAAAGCCGCAGAAACUUUUGCUUUGCACGGACAGUUUAUAACAAUGGAGAGCUGCAUCAAAUCCUUUGUCUCCCCAUGCAGCUUUUGUUUACUGCGCACAGAGUUGUUAAAUAGAAUAGUAGGCCUUUAGAAAUACAGCACCAUCUCUCCAGGGGUCUUACCAGAGACAAGUAUAUUGUUUAAGAAGUGGCCAAAACGAUAAUGCUGCGUGCCCGUCUACCCUCCGCCCCGUGCAGCAUCUCUUCCUCAGGGCGUCCGAAUGUCCGGGCCGAGGGGGGGCAGGUCACAGCGGAGCCUCAUCAGCGGGCGGGUGGACGGGUGGACGGGGCAGGAGAGCCUGGCCCCCGGGGACGACGUGGAGAUGCGGAGCCUCCUGCAGCAGGAGAAGGUGGCCAGCGCCGGGGCCCGGAGCUCACCGCCUCGGGGGUAAAGAGGAGACAGACAGGAGAGGUUGAGUUUCGGUGUUCAACAACGACCAUGUCAGUAGCUACGUGGCUUUGGGAGCAUUUAGUAUUUGGAAGAAGGAGGAGAACCAUACUGAGAUGGAUCAUGGGUCCGAAAGGAGGAUGGGGGUGGAGGGGUUUUGGGUAAAGGGAUGCAGGGGUGAAGGGAUCAGGGUCGUUGGAUGUCGGUUUGGUGUCAGCUGGAGGGGAGCAGUUUCUUAUCGAGCUGCAAUCCCCAAUUGGUUUCCGAAAUGGAAUCAGAGAGAGACAGAGGUUUACAAGCAUUGGGUUUGCCAAUUUAAAUUGCUUCCAGCGAUGACACACGCCAUUCCAACUGCACCAGGGAUUACGUUUCUGGAAUUCAUUGUUUUCUUCGGAAAGUUCCUUUUAAUUGUUAAUUAAUUGUUUGUUUGUUUGCUGGUGAUUGCAUCUAAGUGGAAGCCGUCUUUCUUAAGGUUCCCUCGCAGAUCUCUACUGUUGAUCACGAGGACAGGAGAUCAUGCGUGUGUGUGCGCGGAGAUGGUGUUUCGGAAUGUCAUGGAGCGAGUUUUGUGUCACACGGGGGACUGGGUUUAAAUCUCAGUUGAAUGAUUGAGGGAUCCCAGAGCAGUGACAGGUUUAGUAUGAUAAUGAGGGAGAGGGGGCGGCUGAGGAGAGAGGGAGACAGAGAAAAGAUGAGCAGAAGUGGGAGAGGGAGAGAAAAAAAACAGACUGACACAGGGAGAAAAAUUCAUUUGCAUUCAUUUCUUUUCCUGCAGCUCCAUCUCUCCUCUGACUCCCAAGUAUCUGGACUAUUUGACAAGACUGAGAUCCUUCCUUAUUUCUCUUUUAAUUUGAAUAUACCCUCUAAUCCUUGAUGAACAUUCUGUGAUUUAUGAAACUCAUUCAACAGAUUAAAACAUGCUUACCAUCCUCUGA